AUGACGUGGUACAAGCUUCGCUCCAAACCAGGGAAGAAGGAAAAGGAGAGAGGGGAGAUCGAAGUGGAUAUCCAGUUCAUGAGGAGCAACAUGACAGCCAGUAUGUUUGAUCUGUCCAUGAAAGACAAGUCUCGCUCUCCCUUCGGCAAGCUCAAGGACAAGCUCAAGGGGAAGAGGAGCAGUGGCCUUUCCGACACAGCCUCAGCGAUCAUUCCCAGCACCACUCACUCUCCUGCUGACAGCGAAGAUGAAUCAGUCGAGAAGGAAAAGAAGAAAUCAAAGUUCAAAACCCUGUUUUCCAAACCUGGCCUGCAGAAGACCUCCCUCUCCCAGUCCAUGUCAGUCCUGCCGACGCAGCAGCCCGUCACCGAGAGGGUUCGGCUCCGGCCCAGCGACUUCCAGUCGCAGUGGGACGACGAGGAGUCCGAGACCUCUCCAACCUCCGACAAAGCCUUUGGAAAUGCCCUGGAAGAGAAGUCCUCUCCUCCUGUAUUUAAAUCUCGUAAAACAGCUACUUUGGACAGCAGGCAACUCAACCAAGUAGCCACUAACCACACCAGGAGAGAAGGGCUCUCUCUGUUUAGUGGCCUUAAAUCCAAAAGCGAUCCCGUGUCCAAGUCUAGUCUGUGUAUCAAUGGCAGUCACGUUUAUAUGGAAGAGAGCACGACGAAGGACAACACUCCAGCCUCUUCCCCCUCUCCACACAACUUCAGGAGGAAGCAGCUCUUUGCUUCGGAAGAGAACCUGUCUUCCAGACCUGCUAAAGGACCUGAAGAGACGGGAAGAACAUCUCCUAGUCACGCCUUCUCUGGGUCUGCAUCCUUGGAGACCUUCAAAUCUAUGACAUUGCCAUCAUACAGAUUGCUUGGCAGCGAAGAAUACCUGGAAACCAGCGUUCCUCCAAGUGUCGAGGUUAUUAAAGAGACCAAAAAAACAGACCACAAAAAGUCUGCCUUGCUCUCCCUGGUCACUGGGAAGAAGGAGACGGUGAAGACCAGUGACACUGAGAAUCUUCCUGGCAGGAUCCUGCAGGAUGAGGAGAACAAAGUUCCAGAAGCAAAGAGUGAACAAGAGGCCAAACAUCCUGAAAUUCCAGCAGAUUUAAACAGAGGGAAUCCUUCAGAAGACAGUCACCGUGCAGAAGAGGUCUUUGCAAAUAAGCAGCCGCUCAACCCUUUCGAGGAAGAACGGAAACCUGAGAAAGCUCCCGCGCCGGCCAAGACCAAAGCUGUCAAGCCCAGACUGGGCGUGUCUUCAGAGGAGGAAACCAAAGCCACGCUUCCUACUCUUGCACCUGAUUCCCUUCCUGCUUUUCUUUCUGUACACCGGAUCAGUAGUGACAAUAAUCCUUUUAUUUCUAAAACGGGACAGAAAGUCCAAGUGCCAGACUCUGAGAACAUUACUAGUUCUGCAUCUCUUACUUCUCCUUUUGCUGCAGAGCUGCUGAAUGGCAAGAACCCCUUUACUGCCAAGUGGGACCGGGCAUCCACAGCCCUGGAUCCUGAACAAAUUGCCCAUUUCCCUCCAUCCCAUCAUCUUGCAGCCCCUGUUCCCAAAGCGCCUCUUCCUGGGCAGGUCUCUGGUAGUGGGAAUAAUCCUUUUGCUUCUGAGUGGGGGCAGAGCUCUUGGGGCCACAGUCCCGAAAGCUCUGAUACGGGACCUUCCCAGGGUCCCUCUUGCCUGCCUGCUCCUUCUCUCCCCUCUGAUUGUCAUUUUAAUGACAAUAAUCCCUUUGUGUCCAAGCUUGGGUGGGGAGCAGAAGCGCCAGGUUUCGAAGCUGUUGCCAGCUCUUCCCCUUUCUGCUUUCCUCAUGAUGAAGACUGUUCCUCAGCACAGCACCCUGCUGAGCUGAAGCGCUCUGGUCGCGGUGCUUCGAGGAGCUCUUCAGACGUGGCUUUAACUGGUAAUGGCAAAGCUGGAUCAGUUCCUCUUGCACCUGGCAGCCCUGCUCUGGCUCCAGAGAAGCAGCACGAUUCUCCCCAGCUUCAGGUUGAGAGUUCUUUGAGGAGUGGGAAGCUAGAGAACAGGAAAUCCCUGUCCCUUCUCCCCGAUGGGUCAGGGGGUGUCCCAGCAGGCGGUGAGGCUGUGGGUGGGCAGGAUGGUGAGAGGCAGCGCUCUGAUUUCUGUGAAAUGUUACUUAUGGGUUCAGGUGCAGCAGGAGAGCGAGCAGGGUUGGCUCGUGGGCUGGAAGCGGGGCAGUGCCCAUGGUCAGAGCUCUCUGGUGUCAGCACAGGUCCCACCCGAACCGGCGAGGCCGCUGCUGGGGGUGGAAAUACUGACCCCGGCACAAAGGACGACGAGGGCUUCGUGUCUCUCUCCGAGGGUAGGGGUGGCCUCUUGCCAGAGCUGGGAGCUGAAGAGCUGCCUUCCCCCAAGAGUGAGCUGAAAGAGAAGCAGGAGAUCUUUGGUGAAAAGAGAUGGCAAGAGUGUGUGCCUGUGUUAGAGCCCCAAGCAGCUCCACUUGAUAAAAAUGACUCAUUUUCUCAAGGAGGAGCUGCCAGACUGACCCGGGGAGCUGCCCCUUGGGAAGCCGUUGGUGGGGGGACUGGCGCUGGGGCCCCGGAGCCAGCACCUCGGCUGUCCGUAACUCCCAGCAAGUGCUCAGCAGUUUCUGCAGCUGGUGAGUUAAGUGGUGACGUGUGUUUCUCGGGUGAUGGCGCAAGAUCUGCGCCUGGGCUCCCGUUACCUCAUGAUAAAGGCUCAGAAGAUGCUCAUGGGUGCCUCCCCCAAAGUGGCUCAUUAGAGACUGUCACUCCCUCAGUGAUGCUCAGAGACGACAGCACUAACAGGCAUUUAAAAAACGAAGGGGAGGAUGAUUUAUUUGACUGUCUUACAAAUCUAAAGUCUGCUAUUCCCCUUACUGGAGACCAUGGCUCCAAACUGACCGGUCUUCCAGUUAUUCCGGAGGGAGGCUCCGAUGACGAGCUGCUGGGUGACUGUCAGGAGAACUGUGGUGUCACUGCAGGUGAUAAAAACGUUUCAGAGACUGGAAAGCAGUCCCUAGGUUUAAUGCCUUUGCAUGAAGAGCUGCAAGAGCGCUCUGCUGGCGCCCAAGUGACCCCGGCUGCUUGGGGGGGAGGAGGAGGAGGAAGUGCUCCUGGUGCUGGUGGGCCAAGCGGGUCCCCUGUGCUGCCUGCCCAGGCGGGUGGUCACACUGCCAGUCACCAGGUAGCUGACUUGGGCUUGGGUGUCAGGUCUCAUUCCAGGGGGUGUAGUGGUCAUUUUGAGAAACAAGAACUGAAAAUAAGUGCAGGCGAUGAGGAGCGUGCAGCGUGUGACUUCUUUGAGCCUUCUGCUUCCUCUUCCUCCCUGUCAAGUCCUUGCCAGCCCUACUCUUCCUCUCAUUUCCCUCUCUCUGACACCCCAAGUCAUAGAGCAGAGUCUCCGAAAAAGCCAACAGCCGAGGGCUUCGCAGAUAAAGCAGGAAAUUCUGGCAAGAAGAAGCUUCUUCAGGCACGGGUUUCACCCUCUGAAACAUACCCUAACCAAACUCAGCAGAGUGGUGAAACCGUGUCUCCUAAGCACAGACUCCAUCCUGUGAAGCCAAUGAAUGCCACAGCAAACAAGUCUCAGAGUAAAAACCUGAAUGUCAUCAGCACGAUGAAUGAAAAGCUGCUCGAGGUGAACGUGAAGAAAUACGACCCUUCAGAUCCUGCCUACGCUUAUGCUCAGCUAACGCACGAUGAGCUGAUCCAGCUGGUCUUGAAACAGAAGGAUACAAUUACCAAGAAAGAUCUCCAGGUACGUGAGCUUGAAGAUUACAUCGACAACUUGCUUGUCAGAGUCAUGGAAGAAACCCCCAACAUCCUUCGUGUUUCAACGUCUGGAAACAAAAAAGCUGGAAAGAUGUGAGAAAGCUUGAACCAAGGGCUGAAUCCCCACCAGCGGAGUUUGAUCAGUCGGCAGACGAUGUGAAGUGGGUGGUAUCAGCUGUGCUGCCCACAGACAGUGACCUCUUUCCUCUUUCUGCCUUGAGCAACUCUCAGUUUGAUUGGUAGUUACAGCAGGUCUUGUAUGUGGAGUCCAGAAGUGGAGUCAACUUAUUGUAUUUAUUUUUUUGGUUUCUUUCCAUUCUCUGGGAAGAUUGUUUCAGGUAUCUAAUCCAAAGACUGAUGGUGGUAGGAAGGAUGAAGGGUUUUUGAUGUGUUUUGCUUGCCAGCAAGGCGCUGAUGAUCCUUUAUGAAGUUGUUUUUUAAAAUGUUUUUGUUUUGUAGCAGCUUUGAUAGAUCGAUUACUCUUCUUUCCAUAUCUUAGGUUGUAGUGCAAUAUGAAAUCUUAUACCUGUGCUUGAGGAUUUGAUUGUUUUUUU